UUCGUGAAAAUAACCUUGCGAAACUAAGAUUUGAAUAGGCGGAACCCAUGACGUCACUUUGAUGCUAUCCCACCCCGUGUGUAUGGAAUAGAAUUGUUGUCGUAGGCAAGGAAACAAAAUGCAACAACAAGCUCACUCAAUUAAAGAAUUUCGUAUUGUGCUGCCUAUGUCAGUUGAAGAGUACAAUAUAGGACAGUUGUGGUCAGUAGCUCAAGCAAGUAAAAAUGAAACUGGAGGUGGAGAAGGUGUGGAGGUUAGAGUUAAUGAGCCUUUUGAUGAGACAACACACCCCCCAAACCCUAAACUUUUUGCUAACGGCAGAGAAUACACAACAGGGCAAUAUACACAUAAAAUCUACCACUUGUCCCAAAAAGUUCCUGCUUUUGUCCGACUUUUAGCACCAAAAGGUUCUUUAGAAAUUCAUGAACAAGCAUGGAACGCUUAUCCAUACUGCAGAACAGUUGUCACAAAUCCAGAUUAUAUGAAAGAGAAUUUUUAUAUCAUUAUAGAAUCUUUUCAUGCCCCAGACAAUGGAAACACACCAAACAUUCAUGGCUUGACAGGCAGAGAUUUAAGUGCUAGGCAAGUGGUAAAACUGGAUGUUGCUAAUGACAAGGUGUCAUCAAAGGAUUACAAACCAGAAUGGGAUCCUUGUUUGGUUGGUUCUCCAAAAGCAGGCCGAUCACCUUUACCACAUGAUAAAAAUGGCAACUGGAUGAACAAUGUAAGCCCAGUUAUGUGCUGCUACAAAUUAGUGAAAGUUUGGUUUAAGUGGUUUGGCCUACAGAAAAGGAUGGAGAAUUUUAUCUUAUCCCAAGAGCAGCGCUUGUUUCUGAAUUUUAAUCGUCAAGUAGUAUGCUGGACUGACCAAUACCAUGGCAUGACAAUGGCUGAUAUUAGAAGGCUGGAAGAGCAGGUCAAAGAGGAGCUGGAAAGGCAACGAAAGGAAGGACCAUUGCGAGGAAUGACAGCGUCUGAAGAUGAAAAAUGAUGUAAUUUCUUAUUUAGGCCCAGCUUGUAAAAUGUGCUCUUGGUUCUAUACUAAUUUCUGUAGCUCUUUUUCUGUCGUUCUUGUAAUGUUUAGUCACAGCAUCUUAUAGUCAGGCCUAUGGUCUCUUAGACUCAAAAUCGAGGUCUUGCAUUCGUGGCGGCUAGCCAGAGACCAAUUUGUGACUGAGUGGGGCAUAUUUUUAGCAAAUUUGUAACUAGUCCUUGUAACUACUAAAGGUUACAUUAAUUAUAUACCCAUUAGGCUGGUAACUUUUGAAAUUCACUCAUUUAUGCUAAUUUUACUUAGCUUAUGUGACCAGCCAAUCUAAAAAUAUGCCCUGGACUGUACUGAUAUUCUUCUCAUGUUCCUGUUAAUCCUUAGUCUGUGAGCAUAGGUCAUGUAGUUAUAAUGAACUAAUUGUUGUUUCCUUUUUCUUUUGUAUAAGAGAUACACUUUGAUCCUUUUUUUUUUCAACACUUUUUGGAAUUUAGAAUCCAAUGUAAUGACUCAAUGUUAGAUAAUAAAUUAUGUUAGUGGGUUCUAAUUGUAUAAUUAGAUCAUUUAAAAAUUGAAACCUGACUAUAUGUGUCUUUAAAUACAUUAGGUUAACAAGCCACCAUUCUUAUCUCAUUAACAAACUUUUUUUUUUUUAUUCCAUGAACUGUUUUUAUUAUUUAUUUAAUGAUUAUUGUAUUUAGAAGUUGGAGUGCUUUUGUUUUGUAUUUUUUUCAGCAGAUAUAUACAAUCAUAAUUAUAUGUUUUUAUUAUUAUUAAUCAUGACAUUGUGUUAAGCAUCAAUAGUGUUAACUGAUUUACUGUUGAAAUUAAUUGCAAUAUGAUUACUGUUAGAUAGUUAUUAUCAUUAUGAUAUAAAUUUAAGCAUUAGGGGGUGAGUGGGGGUUAUAUUAGCAACAGUAAAUACAAAUGAUUGACAUAACAUCUUGUGAAAAUGUAAAUUCUUAUCUUUUAAUUACCUUAAAUUAGUAAAUGAAUUUUUAGCAAGACAUAACAUUUGUUGUCAUAAUCAUUUGUCUAACAAUUUCACAGCAUCUUAUAGUGUGUAUGUGUGUCAGUAUUUUGUAUUUACAUUUCCGUUGGUGUAAAUUUAUACAACUUUGUCGAUUUGAAAUCUUAUAUUUAUUAAAUGUUACUGGUGAUUUCUUCAGCAAUAUAUUUAGUUUUGUUUUCAUUUUCUUUUUUGGCAGAUUGAUUUCCCCUAAUUUUCUGGCUUGGUAACAUGUGAAAACGUUUCUAAUCUGUAUUCUUUGCUUUAAUUACUACAUCUAGGUUUCCCUUGAAAUUAUUGGCCUUUUUUUACAGCUUGAUAUUGACAUUGAGAGCUGCAACAAGCACCUGGCUAGGGAAGAAAAUAAACACCACUAUUGUGGUCUCGUGAAUAUUUCCUUUAGGUUUGCUUUAGCAAGUGAAAUAAACAUGUCUUUCUUAUAUUACACUCAUUGUUCAGUAAGUGGAUGAUACAUUAACAGAUCUCAACUCUGUUUUGUUGAGUAUAAAAUGAUUAAUCCACUUUGGUUGGGGUUAAAAUGGUGUAUUUCCAAAAUUUAAGUUACUAUCAAAUAUAGAUUGUUUCUUUAAGCAUUACAAAUAUUGCAACAGGAAGUGAUCUACAUUUCAAAUUGUUGGAUUACACUAAAUUAAAAGGUAAAACUUAACCCAUUCGAGUUGGAAACUUGUAACAUGGAUGACUUGCUAAAUGGUGGUCAUAAGGUUAUUUCUAUAUAUAAUUUUUUUUUAAAUCCCUUUUUUUUUUUGUGUUUGUGAAGUUGAAGCUCUGAAAAAAAAAAGGAAAAAAAUAUCUGCACUAUAUUUCUAUUGUUUCUUGAGUUGCACAGAGGUGUUUAUGACAUGUGAACAAGAGUUUUGCAAAUUGAAACCUGCUUAAUCCAAAUCGGUCCAUUCCAUUCCUGCAUUUUGAAAUUAGAAAUUCUGCUGACAGCCCUAGUGUUGCACUGGUGUGAGACAGAUUUUUACCAAAAUGUUAGCUAAAUCCAUCAUUCAACAUCUAGUCUCAUUAUGUAGCUGGUCUAUUUUUGCUUUGUGCUGUUAAUGUUUGAUCAAGAAUAGAGCUUUAAAAACUUAUAGCUGGCUCUCCCACUUUAUUUUUUUUUUUUAAAGAAACAUUUGCUUAAUGUAUGUAUUAAUAAAUAUUUUUUUAUAUAAAAUGUAAAGCAGUUUUAUGUGAGUUAGCACCUACCUAUAUAUUGACUUGAGUUUUAUUAUCACACUAUAUUCCUAAGGCUUUGUUUGUUCAUUAAGUUGGUUUUGAAAGCAGCUAUAUGCAAGUGACAUCACUCAUUAGGAUUGUCAAACUUUGAAAAUAUUGAAUGGCAAAUGAUAGAUUUUUUAAUUAGGUGGAUGAAUGUUUACCAGAUUAAUAAUCAUCACUGUUAAUUAGCUGAUCUUUUUUGUGAUUUGGAUAAAUGAGAUAGAUUUGAGAGAGUAACCUUAUUAGGCAUUAAUGUUAAGCAAAGGGAGGGAAGAGCAUAGGUGGCAUUAUCAUUGACAAGUGUAAUUCUAUAGGCUUUAAAAGUUUUAGGCCCAGGGGAAGGGAAAAAUGGUUUUUCAAAUGCUGUUUAAAUUCUAGACCAUUUUACAAUGUACUGGUAUGUAAUAACAGCUCAAUGAGACUAUAAUAAAAACAUAUUUUGUACUCUGGUAUUUUUUAAAGUGUUCAAUUUUUAAAUUUUGUUUAUCUGUACUAUGAAAUAGUUCGAUUAAAGGUGCAUUAUCUUCAAUUCAAUAGUGUUGGAAAGGUUUACUUCUACAAUCUUCAUCAUAUCUCUCAUCUGUGCCUGUUGUCCCGUCUGGGGCAUAGGCCACCAACCAGCUUCUUCAGGCAUCUCGGUUCUGGGCAAGUCUCUUCAACUGUCCCCACGUCUUACCCAUCUGCUUGGCAUCUGCUUCUAAAUCGUGGUGCCAUGUAAUCCUGGGGGUUCCAGGAUAGGGCUUGCCUUUUUAUGUUGGAUGCAGGAUUGCGAAUGGUGUGAUUUAUCCAUUUCCAGUGCCUCUGAAGGAUAUCUACUUCAAUGGGCUGCUGCUUUGUUCACAGUUCCUCAUUCAGGAUCUUGUCUGGUCAGCGGCUCAUGAGAAUCUUCCUCAGGCAGGUAUUCACUCAGUUAAAACUUGUGUGUCAAUGCAAGAUGAUUGUUUGUUUUGAACUUCUUACUUUUGUUUUGUUACUCUAGCCCUAUUUGGGUGUUUUGCAAGUGCACAAAAACAUGUGUGCCUGUUAGCCCAAUAGGACACUAUAUUUCAUAGCUUGUCAAAGGAUUGAUGUUAGACUAUUGGACUACUGUCAUCAUGUUGAAUACUUUUAAUUGGUAAAGUCUGGAGAUUCUUGACUAAAACUUUCUAUGUUGACUAACAGGUUACUUUACUUUACCUACAACACCAACUGUAUUUGUAUGCUGUAAAUUAUUUAAAAUUUCCAUCUGUAACUUUCAAGAUUUCUUUGUCCU